AAUAACCGGGCCACGGCCCGGUUCGUAAGAGCUUCCCUGCGUGUACUUUUUCUUCGUCUCCGCUGGCCUUUAUUUUACCUCGAUGUUUUAUAUCCAUUUUUCUCUUCCUUUUUCCUAGAGGGAGCUCCCAUCUCUCUCGCGUCCGUCGCAUCCGAAUCGCUGCCUGCCUACGCGAGAGGGGCGAUCGAUCUUUCUCAUUCGACGUCUUUCUGGAGAAGCAUUCAGCGAACAAUAUUUUAGUUGGUUGUGCAAAGGCUUCUUUCAGGGGUCACCCUUAACUGCUCGAUGUAGUACACAGUUACAGGGAAUUUAAUAUAUUCUGAUGGCUAUGAUUGAUGAGCCACUGUACCCAAUAGCUGUCCUGAUAGAUGAGUUAAAGAAUGAAGAUGUUCAGCUGCGGCUAAACUCCAUCCGGAAACUUUCCACUAUUGCACGAGCACUUGGCGAGGAGAGAACCAGAAAAGAAUUAAUUCCAUUUCUUAGUGAAAACAAUGAUGAUGAUGAUGAAGUUCUUCUUGCAAUGGCAGAAGAGUUGGGCGUGUUUAUUCCAUAUGUUGGUGGUGUCGAAUAUGCUCAUGUUUUGCUUCCACCUUUGGAGAUUUUGUGUAGUGUAGAGGAAACCUGUGUUAGGGACAAGGCUGUUGAGUCACUGUGUCGUAUUGGAGCACAAAUGAGAGAAAGCAGCUUGGUAGACUGGUUUGCUCCUUUGGUAAAGAGACUAGCAGCUGGUGAGUGGUUUACUUCCAGGGUCUCCUCAUGCGGUCUCUUUCAUAUUGCUUAUCCAAGUGCACCAGAUCAGUUGAAGGCUGAACUAAGGUCCAUGUACAGCCAGUUCUGCCAAGAUGACAUGCCUAUGGUGAGACGAGCUGCUGCAUUAAAUUUAGGAAAAUUUGCUGCUACAAUAGAACCAAACCAAUUGAAGACAGACAUCUUGUCACUGUUUGAGGAUCUAACACGAGAUGAUCAAGAUUCUGUACGCCUGUUGGCUGUUGAGGGUUGUGCAGCACUUGGAAAAUUGCUGGAAUCCCAUGACUGUGUCGCAUAUAUUCUUCCAGUCAUUGUCAAUUUCUCUCAGGAUAAAUCAUGGCGUGUCCGCUAUAUGGUUGCAAAUCAAUUUUAUGAGCUUUGUGAGGCUGUUGGCCCUGAAGCUACCAGGACUGAUUUGGUACCAGCAUAUGUUCGUCUUCUUCGUGAUAAUGAGGCUGAAGUGCGCAUAGCAGCUGCUGGGAAGGUGACAAAGUUUUGCCAUAUUUCAAGCCCACAACUUGCAGUUCAGCAUAUUCUUCCUUGUGUAAAGGACUUGUCAUCAGAUUCUUCACAGCAUGUUCGCUCAGCUUUAGCUUCAGUCAUCAUGGGGAUGGCACCUAUCUUAGGAAAGGAUGCAACUAUAGAACAACUUCUUCCAAUUUUUCUUUCCCUCCUAAAAGAUGAGUUUCCAGAUGUUCGACUCAAUAUAAUUAGCAAACUUGAUCAAGUAAAUCAGGUUAUUGGAAUUGAUUUGCUGUCACAGUCACUCUUACCUGCCAUCGUAGAGCUUGCAGAGGAUAGACAUUGGCGAGUUCGACUUGCCAUAAUUGAAUAUAUCCCUUUACUGGCAAGUCAACUAGGUGUUGGCUUUUUCGAUGAUAAACUUGGUUCCCUUUGCAUGCAAUGGUUGGAAGAUAAGGUCUUCUCCAUCAGGGAUGCAGCUGCGAAUAACUUGAAACUUCUUGCAGAAGAGUUCGGUCCAGAAUGGGCAAUGCAGCACAUAAUUCCACAGGUGCUAGAGAAGAUCAAUAAUCCACAUUACUUGUAUCGUAUGACCAUUCUACAAGCAAUAUCUCUGAUAGCCCCUGUCAUGGGUGCUGAUAUCACAUGUCAAAAGCUUUUGCCUGUAGUGAUUGCCUUCUCGAAGGACAGGGUACCCAACAUCAAAUUCAAUGUUGCAAAGGUUUUACAGUUGCUUAUACCCAUAGUUGACCAAUCUGUGGUGGAGAAAACAAUUCGGCCGUGUCUGGUUGAUCUCGGUGAGGAUCCAGAUGUGGAUGUAAGAUAUUUUGCAGGCCAAGCACUACAAGCUUGUGAUCAAGUUAUGAUGUCCAGCUAGGAAGGCAGUCUAUUAAUCCAAUCUGUGUCAGCUAAUGCUUCCAGGGAGACCAAAUCCUUUUCAUCCACCUUAUACGCCUCGCAAUCCCGUGUUUUUCUAGGUUAUAUAUAGUUCAAUUGUGAGCAUAGGAAUUUUAAUAUUAUUUUCUUUGCGAUUGUCUAAGCUGUAUUUCUUAUAGAUGGAGAUUUAUUUGUUGCCUUUUUGUGUAUCUGUCUAAAAUGUUUCUAAUUUCCUGUUGGAAACUAAUAAUCCAACAGGGCCAUAUUUGAA